CACACGCAUAUAUAAAACAAUAUAAAACAUUUAAGAAGGAAUGCAAAUGAGGCAUUAUCAAUUAUAAUACAAACAUAAUUAAAACAUAUACAAGCUUCGGGUCCAAUGUUUCCAGAAGCAGGAUGAGUAUAUCUUGUGUCACUCUGAGAGAUAUCAACAUUUGUUAUCUAGUUUAGUUAAGCAAUUACGUAUUUGACUAAUAUCUCAUGACUUUUACAGAUGACAAAACCGAAGGCUAUGGGAGAAUGUCCCAUUUGCCUGAAAGCACUAAGAUUUGUGUCAAAGCAUCUCAGGGAGAUCCAUUCCCUCAAGAACAUCCGGGAGAGGGGCAUCCUAAACUUCCUGGCCACAGGCAGGACUUUGGUCCCCGCCGGACCCUGCCCUCUUCCCUUUUGUUCGCCCCAUCUACUUAAUGUGGUGAAACACCUGAGAACCCAUUUGGAGAUUCCCAAGGUGUACUUGGAUCAGAAGAUCAAGGCCCUCAAGCGUGCUACAGCCAUAAACCAGCUGGCGGCCUUGAAGGCCACUGAUCCCCAUCCACCCAUGGCCAGCACGCUCGACCAGCCGGAGGACCAGGCGCAGCAGUCUGACCCGGAGGCGGGAGUAAGCAUGUGCAAGAAGCGCACUUGCGUCAAUGCCCGCCUCCGGGUCCGUGAGCUAGAAAGGGAGCUGGCAGACCUCCGUACUAGGUUGGUCCAGCUCCAGGCGAAGCGCCGGCCUCGACUGAAGGGGUGCGGCCCCGGUAAGCCUCCGGCCAAUCCCGGCGAAGUUCUGUUAAAAGUGCCCCGAACUUACUCCAAAGUGCCCCUAAGUGAAGGGGCGUGGCCCCGGUAA